UCCGGCUGGCUGCGGCAACAGUAGCCUGCAGAAGGCAACGCCUCACCCUCACCCCUCCCUCCUCCGUCACAUCCUCUUCUCUGACGCCUUUUCCUGCAACCGGAUCGCUUCUCCUGUCCUAGCGCUCCUCCCCCUCGUCGUAUUCACCCCACUAGCAGUAGUCCAGUACCACCACCGUCUCCUGCCAUCACACGCAGUCUGCGCAGAAGCUGGGCUAGCAGUAUCUCAUCAGUGGUAGCCUCGAGCCCACUUAUCCACCUCGAGACAGAGAGAGAAGGGGAGGCGAAAGAGAAAGAGACCAGAAGGAGAGUGAACAUGAUGCUCUGUGAUCUCUCUUCUGACCACCACGAGGCCACCGGAUCCAGCUCCCACGGCGGAGACCUCGGCUUCAGCAGCCAUGUCCUGCUCAGCCCUCUCUUCGCGCCGGCGGCGACGCCGACGCCGCUGCUACCGAGGCCGGCACCGCCGCUGCUGGGGUUGGAGGAGCCCGCCAGGGCCAAGAGGAAGAGGAGCCAGCCCGGCAACCCAGACCCUGGCGCGGAGGUGAUCGCGCUGUCGCCGCGGACGCUGGUGGCGACGAACCGCUUCGUGUGCGAGAUCUGCAACAAGGGCUUCCAGCGGGACCAGAACCUGCAGCUGCACCGCCGCGGCCACAACCUGCCGUGGAAGCUCCGGCAGCGCACAGUGCUGCUGCCCAGGCCCGGCGGCGACGGCUCCGGCGCGCCGCGCAAGCGCGUGUACGUCUGCCCCGAGCCCACCUGCGUCCACCACGACCCGGCCCGGGCGCUGGGCGACCUCACCGGCAUCAAGAAGCACUUCUCCCGGAAGCACGGCGAGAAGCGGUGGAAGUGCGAGCGGUGCGCCAAGCGCUACGCCGUGCACUCGGACUGGAAGGCGCACGUCAAGAACUGCGGCACCCGCGAGUACCGCUGCGACUGCGGCAUCCUCUUCUCCAGGAAGGACAGCCUGCUGACCCACAGGGCCUUCUGCGACGCCCUAGCCGAAGAGAGUGCAAGGCUCAUCGCAGCUGCGAACAACAGCAUCACCACUACCACCGCCUGCAACAACAACAGCGGCGGCAGCAGCAACGACAUCAGCAAUAUGCUCAUGCCAAGCAACAGCUCGCCACUCUUUCUCCCUUUCUCAAGCCCUCCUCACGCUCAAAACCCUAACCCCCUCAUGUUUCUCUCCCAAGAACCUCACCACCACCAGGUGCUCCCUCCGUUCCAGCCCCUGACAUACCUUGAUGACCUCCCUAUGACCACCGGCAGCGGUUCGACCGUCAGCGCCGACACGGUCAGCUUCCGGCUCACCCCAGAAGGUUCGGUGACCAUGCACGCCGGUGGCCGCCACCUCACCAGGGACUUCCUAGGCGUCGACAACGCCGGGGAGGUCGAGGAGCUGCAGAUGCCGGUGCCACUGUGCGCCGCCGCGUACCAGGGACGCUCCAUCGGCCCCACCACCGCCUGCUGCGCCACCGACCUGACCAGGCAGUACCUCGGCCGGCUGCCGCCGGUGAACGAGCCGUGGAGCCACAACUUCUAGGGACUCACCAACAACUCAUCAACAAGAUGACCACCGAAGACUUGACAGCCAAAAACUAGCUUUGUGUGCGCUCGUUACCUUAGCUCUUGUCCAUGAUUGUUUUUUCAAGAACACAAGUUAUGUGCGUCUUUUGCAUUUUGAGAAUGAGAAAUGGAACAUGCAAAGUACUGUUACGGCA